AUGAUGGGCAUAACAUCUGAAGGAAGCGAAUGUGUUAGGAUUUCAAAACUCAGCAAUAACAAGAAAGAAUAUAUGCCUGUGGAACCCAACUUUUGUACUGUUGUGCCAAGAGCAUUGAACUCUUUAUUCCAACAAUGGGAUGCUCAACCCCCAGCAGGAUUGUGGAACAUAAGUGGAGAGCCAUGCACUGGAACUUCCAUCAAUACAACAGAGUUGGAGGAUCCAAUAAAUAAUCCAUCCAUCAAAUGCGAUUGUAACUUCGAAAAUGGCACCACCUGCCACAUCAUUCAAAUGAGGGUAUACGGUCAGAACACUCGAGGAGUAAUUCCUGAAGUGCUUACCGCUUUCACUUACCUCGAGUUCUUGAAAAUCGAUCAAAAUUCCCAUAGAGGGCCCUUGCCAGCGUUCAUUGGAAACUUAACUACGUUAAAAUUUUGUAAGUUCUGGAUGUUUACUGUUUUGUUAGACAUCUUUAGAUGA